GAUCAGAUUUGGAAAACGGAGAAGAACGAGAGUGAGAGAGAGAGAUGCAAUUCUUCGGCGGAACAGAGAUAAGCCCGUCGCUACCGGCGGCGACGGCGUCGGGAAACAACGGCCACAUGAUGUACGUCUUUAACCGCAACGGCAUCUGCCUCCUCUACCGUGAAUGGAACCGUCCUCUCCACACUCUCAACGCUCAGCAAGAUCACAAGCUCAUGUUCGGCCUCCUCUUCUCCCUCAAGUCCCUCACCGCCAAGAUGGACCCCACCGCUGUGGAGAAAGGGAACCUAGGAGUGCCUCAGUUGACCGGUCAAGGUUGCUCGUUUCAUAGCUUUCGGACCAAUACUUACAAGCUUAGCUUCAUGGAGAGUCCCUCUGGUAUCAAGAUUAUCUUGAUCACUCAUCCUCGGACUGGUGAUUUACGGGAGUCUUUGAAGUACAUUUACAACUUGUAUGUUGAGUAUGUUGUGAAGAACCCGCUCUACACUCCUGGAACUCCGAUCAGGUGUGAGCUAUUUAAUACAACUCUUGACCAAUAUGUAAGGAGCAUUUCCUAGAGGCUGAAGGAGGGGAAAGAGCAUGUCAAAGUAUAACCUGUAUCUAACUGCUUCUUGCUGGAGGAUGAGUUCUGUUCAACUUCAUUUUGGCACAUCAGCCUCACCCCAGCAUGAAGCAGAUGGACGUUUUGUUCCAGAUCCAGUUUAUUGAAAGUACUUAUGUGUUGGAGUUUGCUAGCAUUUAUUUUUCGUAUUUAACAAUGAUAAAUGCUCGGCAUCAUGUAAUAUCAUAUUUGUUUUUGAUAAAUUGAUAUAUCUAGAGUACAAUUUUGAAUUUCACAGCACUUAAAAAUGAAUACUAAGGAUUUUUACU